AUGUUCUGCUUCUGCCUGCAGAGUUCCCUGCUGAAGCUCCAGGCUCUGGAGGUGGAGGGGGGCCCUUCGCUGGGUCCGUCCCCAGAGGAGAGGCCCCAUUCCCUGGGCAGCAAGGAGCAGAAAAGCCCCUGCAGCCCGACGGAGGGAGGAGGGAGGAAAACGCUGGCUGUCUGCCACAGCGACCCAGAGCUGCUGACCGUCACCUCCGUCCAGCCCGACGCCCCGCCGCCCCCCAGCCCCCAACACUCCCCCCAGAGGAGCAGCCCUGGGGGGGAGGGGGCAGGAGGAGGAGGGGCGCUCCUCCAGCUGCUGGCGGGAGGUGCCAGCCCGCUCCCCUCCCCCCGCUGCUCCAGCCUCACCCACAGCCUGAGGUUCAACUCUGACCCCGACACGGCGCCGUCGCCUCCCUGCAGCCAGCAGUUCAUCCUGUCUCGCGGCCGCGCCCGGACGGACGGAUCCGAGGACGAGUCUCCGUCCUCCGUCUCGUUUCUCACCAGACAGAUUCAGACCCUGAAGAAGAAAGUCCGUCGCUACGAAGAUCAGUUCGAGCAGGAGAUGAAAUACAAGCCGUCACACAACGAUAAAUACUCAAACCCAGAAAUGGUUCGAGUGAUGAAUGAACUCGCUAAAGCUCGAAAACAACUCAAAGAGCUCAGACUCAGACAGUCUCUGUUUGAGUCGAAGGAGUCAGACGGUUCAGAGAACAGCGCCACCUGCAGACUCUCCUCCGGCCAGCAGGGGGCAGCAGAGCUCAACCCAACGCUGGAGGAAACAGUGGAGUCUCUGUUCAGACGGCUGAAGGAGAAGAGACAAGCUCUGGGUCUCCCUGACAACAUGAAGGAGAUGACUCAGGCUCAGAUGGUGAUGGAGAAGAUCACUCUUCAGAAGUGUUUGCUCUACUUUGAGUCUGUUCACGGCCGACCGGGAACCAAACAGGAGAAGAACCUGGUGAAACCGCUUUAUGACCGAUACCAGCAGAUCAAACGUCUGCUGUGUGUCAGUCCGACCAUCUGUACUAUAGAGGAAGAGGAAGGUUCUGAUGAAGACUCUCCAGCUGAGGAGCGUCCCGCCCCCCCUGCCCCCCCUCGCAGAGCGGCCCGGGAGGAGGACAGCGACCGGGACAGCGACGCCUUCGUGUCUCCGCUGGACGAGGUGAAGGCCGUCCGCCAGCAGGGGGCGCUCACCACCACCAACCUGCACGAGGCCUCCAGGUCUCAGCUGCUGGAGAAUCUGAGAGAGACGAGAGCGGAGAAGAAGACAAGACGCAAAACGCUGAGAGAGUUCGAGGACGAGUUUUACCGUCAGACGGGAAGAAUCUGUCAGAAGGAGGACCGCUCUCCCAUGAAGGAGGAAUAUCAGGAGUACAAGCAGCUGAAGGCCAAACUGCGUCUGCUGGAAGUCCUGCUCAGCAAACAGGAAGUCCUGCUCAGCAAACAGGAAGUCACCACAACCGGCUGA